GAAACCCCGAGCCGUUCCUCUUUUUUUUUGCUCGCCGUCUUCUCUGCGAUCGCUCCUAUUUCCCCUUUUCCGAUCGAUUCUUGAUCGCCAGGCUACAGUUCUGUGCUUCUCCUCCUCGUCAUGGGGCGAACGCUCCGAAGCUCGCUGAAGCCCAAAGCCCAGUCACCUUCCGUAUCAAGAUCAUCCGAGCAGAAUGGAGUGGUGCAACCAACUAAACCUAGCAAGCAAAAAUCUGAAGCUGAAGUUGGUUCUUCACAUGCUGUUUCAGAAAAUGUAGUUGUUGUUUCUGAAAAUGUCGUUGCGGAUUCAAGCCUAAGUGAUGCACCUGGUACCUCUGGCUUGCCAAAAGAGAGCGAGGAGAAAACAGCAGAUGUUGCAGAGCUGGAGUUUGAAGCCAAAUCAUUAAGAGAUGAAGCUUGGUAUGAUGUGGCUAUGUUCCUUGCACAUCGGGUUAUCAAUUCUGGCGAACUCGAAGUCCGUGUGAGGUUUCAAGGUUUUGGCGCUGAGGAGGAUGAAUGGGUGAAUGUCAAGAAUGCAGUUAGGGAACGUUCAAUUCCCUUAGAGGCCUCAGAUUGUAGAAAGGUUCGAGUAGGUGAUCUGGUACUUUGUUUUCAGGAAAAUGGUGAUCAAGCAAUGUACUUUGAUGCACAUAUUGUUGAAAUAGAAAGGAAGCUUCAUGAUAUAAGGGGCUGUCGUUGCCUCUUCUCGGUCCGCUAUGAUCAUGAUCAAACUGAGGAGAAAGUUCAUGCGCAAAGGUUGUGCCGCAGGCCGGCAUAUUGACUGCUUCUCAACUGAUGUGUCGAUGGUUCUGGGCCUUCUGGCAAUUGAAACCAUGAUCUUUUUUGAGCCUCAAGGAGUCUAUAUAUUUUGUAAAAACUCAACUUGCACUUGGCAGCGAAUCUGCCUUUGCUUUAUAAAAAUCUAAGUGGUUUCAAACUUUCAA